AGACACUCAAAUAUCUUUCUAGGUUAUUUAAAUUCACUGGACACUGUUUACUCGUUUGGAAGAACUAUGGACAGCAUGGGGAUGUUGUCUCUUAUCUUCCUCGUCUUGUUGCAGAGUCCUGCCUCCUUCUCUCUGACAGUGAGCACCAGUAAGGCCAAAGUGGUGGUCCAUGAGAACACAGACGCUGUGCUGUCCUGUCAGUUCAAGACAGAGAAGGAGACUAACCCUCGUAUCGAGUGGAAGAAGAAAGGGAAGGACAUCACCUUUGUUUAUUUUGAUGGCAAAUUCAGCGGUGACCACUAUACCUCCCUCUCUCUCUUCCUCCUCGCCUCUCUUUCUUCAACCCUUUUCCUGAUUCUACUAUACUGCACCGCUCCACCUCUUCUCCGUCUCUCUUAUCUCUUCCCCUCUAACACCAUCUCUUACUACAUUCCUCCCCCUCUUAUCUUGUUGUUAUUUCUUCUUUCCUCUCUUUACACUUUUUCUCUCAUCUUUGUAACCCUUGUCACCUGUGGUAUCCAAGGAUCCUUUGCAGGUCGGGCCAAGAUCGAGGGUGCGACGGUGACGCUGCACGCCGUUACCCAGAAGGACUCUGGGCUGUACCGCUGUGAGGUCAGUGCUCCAGCAGACCACACCAACCUGGGAGAGAUUAACGUCACCCUCAACGUACUGGUGCCCCCCCACACCCCGUCCUGUGAGGUGCCCAGCUCAGUUUUGUCUGGGGCAGGGGUAGAGCUCCACUGUAAGGAUAAACUCAGUGUACCCCCUCCUACCUACAUCUGGUACAAAGACAACAAGGCGCUGAGCACCACACACACAACUGACACCUCCUUUAGCAUGGACACUGACAAGGGAACACUGAAGUUCAAGAGUGUGUCCAAGGCUGACUCAGGCCAGUAUCGUUGCGAGGCAUCCAACAGUGUGGGGGCGCCAAAGAGCUGUGUGGCCCAUCACAUGAAGGUCAUGGAAUAUCAGUUGAGUAUGACGACACUGAUAGCCGGAGCUGUAGGUCUCUUCCUGCUCAUUGUCAUGUGCUGCCUGGGUGUGUGCCUCUGUCAUCGACGGGGCUGCUGCAACAAGAAGGAGCAGAAAGGAAGAAGCACCAACUCCUACAAUCCACCUCCUCCUCCCACCAGAAACCCCAAGAACUACAAACACACCCAGUCCUUCAUGAUUUGAGGGUUUCCUUUGUGAAACUCAAAUCAAAGCUUGAAGCAGUGAAAUCACACAAAGUCCCCCUCCAACACACACACACACACACACACACACACAC